CUUAAUUGUCGGUGGCGCCGUUGUUUGCUAUACUGCAUAUAUUCUUUACAAAGAAUACAAAGAGUUUACGGAAGUGCCACAAUUUGUUUUCAAUGACGGACCAAAAACUGAUAGAGAUACUAAAUGGCGUAAUGGUCAAACAAACGGUUACCAGAGUAGUGACGACGAGAACUUGUCUAUUGUUGGUUCUGAGGAGAAAUCUGGUAUUAGGAGAAGAAAAAGUUCAAAAGACAAAAGCCGAAGAAAUUUAAGCAAUAAAAAUCAUAGUGAUGAUGAACAAGAACUGCUGGACAGGCUAUCAUAUUUGAACGCAGUUGAGCAAGAAAUCGAACGCAAAAAACUACAAUUAGCAAAUGAAGAACGCAUCCUUAGUGAAAGAGAACGUGAGAUCGAAAAGAGAAGACAAAAUUUGUCACAAUCUACUCGUUCUAGUCGCUCAAGCUCACACUCUGACUUAUGGCAGAGUAUAAAUUCGCCGAUUGGUGUCACACACUCUAAUCAUUCUACAAUCUCCACUUCUACCGUGGAUGACGAUCAACCAUUGAUAAUUGGAAAUCCAGAUGUUAAUUCUUUGAACUCUGCCCCACCCACUGUUAAAACGACUAGUUCUGUGAGCGAAGAACGUAAUUCUCUAUCUGACUCAAUCGCUCACGCAAUCCUUACACAAGACUUAUCGCACAUCAGCUUGCAACAACAGAUGCCCGAAAUUAACCCCACAUACUUAAUUCCUGAUCCUUAUUCAGUAGCUUCUAAUUCGGCUAUUUCUUCUAAACAAAGUCCGCACAACCCGAUUCAAGAGACAGAACAACUUCAACAACAACAAUUGAUGAGAUCCGAUGUACUUCCUGAUCAGCCACCUUCCUUAUUAAAAUCUGUUCCCACAGAAGAAACAUGGUCAGAAGUUGGAUCUAUUAUCUCUGAGAAUUUUGGAAGCAUCAUGUCGUCAGUU